AUGGUGGUGUAUUCGUUAUACAUAAUUCAUUGGCCGGAAACUUAUCUAGACUACCUGCGAAGCGAGUUGUUAUUGCAUCGAAGCUAUAAUAAUAGUUUGCCGGAUCAAACGCUAGUCUUGCAAAACUUUGAAAAUGCAUACAAGAACCUACUACCAGAGGAAAGAACACCUUUUAUUCAUAGUCGAGGUAUAAAUUAUGUGUAUAUGAGAGGAGAUAAUGAUAUUAUAUUGAUAGCAGUUACGAAGAAGAAUAUCAAUGCAAUGCUGACAGUUGUAUUUUUGCAUAAUUUUUAUGGAAUUCUAUUUCAUUAUAUAUGUGACAUGGCCAGAAAGCAGAAAACUUCUCAAGAUGAUUUAAAGGUUGGGACUAAACUAAGUAAGGAAGUGAUAAUGGAUAGUUCGACGUUAAUUUUUGAAUUGUUGGAUGAGUGUAUGGAUUUUGGAAUUGUUCAGGUGACGGAUUAUAAGAUUCUUCGAGAAUAUAUUAAAGUUGAAGCCAAUCUUCCUAAAUUGGGUCGUUAUGAGGAACAAAAGGAUGAAGACUCAUCUGAUUCAGAUAUAGAGUAUGGCGAUAAGUCUGAUCACAAACGUAAACAAGCGAAGGAUAAAAUAAAGAAAGUUAAAUCAACUCAUAAUCAAGCGGUCAAUGCUGAUAUAAUAGAUCCAGACGCUUCGUAUAUUAACAGUUCUGUAUUAAGAGCAACAUCCCUGGCCAUUAGUUGGCGGCCGAAAGGUAUUUUCUAUCCCAAAAAUGAGAUUUACAUUGAUAUAAUAGAGAACUGUGAAUUUUUAUUUAGUCUAAGCACUAAUUCCAUUAAAAGAAAUGAAGUUUACGGCAGAUGCUUAGUCAAAUGUUAUCUUUCUGGAAUGCCAGUUUGUAAGUUGGGGUUUAAUGAAAAGUAUAUUUCAGGAAUAGAUAAUGAAGACGAAUAUAUGGCAUAUGAAGACCCAAAGAAUGAAGACACGGCUAGAUCCGAUAACCAAUUGAAAUUGGAGGAUAGCAAUUUGGCAAUUGAUGGUGACGACGAGAAUCUAAGCGAAGACGAAAUUGAGGAAAGCGUUGAUGAUAUUAGAUCAACUGUCGAGCUUCGGGAUGCGGAUACCAAAACUGCGGACGAUAUUGACAGUGAGAAUAUUUCCAACGAAAAUCAUAGUAAGAGAAAGAAGAAGAACCAUAAGAUUCCGAUACGGAAUAUUCAAUUCCAUCAAUGUAUAGAACUAGCUUCUGUCUAUAAGGAGAACAUUAUUAACUUCAUUCCUCCGGAUGAUAAAUUCGUACUCAUGACAUACCAUGUGGAGCAACAAAAACAAAAGCGUAAGCUUCCUCUUAUCAUGGUAAAACCAACAUACCGAAUUCUUAAACUGUCAAAUAAAUUACAAAUUAUGUGUAUUCUAUCCACAAACUUCAAGAAAAGGUUACACUGUCGUAAUUUGAUAAUUAAAAUUCCUAUAAAUCCACAUUUGAUUAGACUUGACCAUGAGGCUAAUGAAUUCCGCGACGGAAUGAAGUUUAAGGCUGAAAUAGGUAAUGUUAGUUAUAAGAUCGAUUCUUCCGAAUUAUUCUGGUAUGUUGAUAAUGUUAAUGGGAAAAUAGGCGCGAUGAAAAUGAUGGCAGAAAUGGCAUUAGUCUCAAAAGAUAACGAUGUAUUAACCCUAGAGGCGGUACAGGACUCGCUUAAUAAUAAAUAUAAGCAAUCUGAUGCGAUAGAAGACCUGGAUGAUGAUACUGGGGCCAAGGAAGAUCUCGAUAGAUAUUACGGUGUCAACGGCGCAGUUUCAUCACUGGCUAAGAGAAUACAAAAGCUGAUAAAAUUUUCGCAAGACUUUAACCAUGUGAAGUGUUCUUUCAACAUUCCAAUGUUAUCUUAUUCCGGUCUUAAAUUAACUUAUUUGAAGGUCGUAGAGGAACAAAUGAAAUAUACAUGCUUUCCAUGGGUCAGAUAUAUCACCGAAUCCAAUUCGGACACUCAUAGCUCAAAUAAGGUUGAAGACGAGAGUCUUUCUACACGGGAUUGUAAUUAUAAUUUUGAAUUGGGUCUCAAUUGCUUCCAGUUUGUAGAUUAG